GUAUAGAAAUGUUAGUAAUAACUUUCUGGACGGAGCAUUGAGAUGCCUGAUUGGUACCCGAAAGAUGGUGAACUAUGCUUGGGCAAAUUGAAGCCAGAGGAAACUCUGGUGGAGGAUUGUAGCGAUUCUGACGUGCAAAUCGAUCGUCAGACCUGAGUAUAGGGGCGAAAGACUAAUCGAACCAUCUAGUAGCUGGUUCCCUCCGAAGUUUCCCUCAGGAUAGCUAGCGUUCGUUGUAAAAUAGUUUCAUCCGGUAAAGCGAAUGAUUAGAGGAAUUGGGAGCGAAACGCUCUCAACCUAUUCUCAAACUUUAAAUGGGUGAGAUGUGCGACAUACUUAAUUGAUGCCGCAUUUGACUGAAUAUAUUGGGCGCUAAGUGGGCCAUUUUUGGUAAGCAGAACUGGCGAUGCGGGAUGAACCGAAAGCAAAGUUAAAGUUGCCGAUAAUAGUGGUGAAAAAGUAGCCAUUAAGCUACACUCAUGAGAUCCCAUAAAAGGUGUGACCCGCU